AUGUAAACUAAAGAGAAUAAGUAAAAAUUUUGCGCUCAUUUUUUUAGUUCCUCACUUUCUACGAAAUAUAUCAAAUCUGAUGGUAUUCGUAAAUUAGUUGAUUUAACUAAUUAUGAAACUAUACGAUAAUAGCAAAAAAUGUAGAUGAAAUAUACCAUCAGCCAUUAAUAUUAAAAAAUUCUUGGAAGAUUGCCAGAUGCUAAAUUUUUUAAUCCAAAAUCUGAAUCUUAUGUCUCUUAUCCUUGCUAUAAUGAGAAAUAUUUACAAUUUCCUAAAGAAAUAUUAUCUAAGCUAAAAAAAAGGGUACAAUUUACUUUAAAUUCAGACAUAAGAUGAUGAUUGCGAUACUGAUGAGGAAGUCAAAUAGCAUUCCAUAAAUCAUAAUGUAACAGAAAUUCUGAAGUCAUUAUCUGCGAUAAAUAAAAAAUCAUAUGAAACAUCAGAAUAUUUAUGA